AUGCUGUGCCUUCUGCUUCUGCUCACAGGGCUCAUCCAGAUCCAGACAGACUACAAUUCUGAAAGACUACGUGUGCAAAUUAUGAUUCCAAAGAAAAUAAGGUCAAAGACAACUGGAGGAGUUGAAUCACAUUUGUCCUACAACAUUACAAUUGAUGGGAAAACAUACACUAUGAACUUAGUGCAAAAAACUUUUUUACCUCACAGUUUUAGAGUUUAUGCUUAUAAUGGCUCAGGAAGUAUGAAACCUUUUGAACAACAGUUUCAGAAUUUUUGCUAUUACCAAGGGAAUAUUGAAGGUUACCCAAAUUCAAUGGUCAUCAUUAGCACAUGUACUGGACUCAGGGGUUUACUGCAGUUUGAAAAUGUAAGUUAUGGUAUUGAGCCCUUGGAGCCUUCGAUUGGUUUUGAACAUGUGAUUUAUCAAGUAAAACAUAAGGAUGAAGGUAUUUCUUUAUAUACUGAGGAAGAUUUUGAGCCAAGAGAUAUGCCCUAUAAAAUACAAAGUGUAGAGACACAGUUCUCUCAGUUCAUAGAAAUGCACAUUGUAGUUGAAAAAAAUUUGUAUAAUCACAUGGGCUCUGAUACAGAUACUGUCAGUCAGAAAAUUUUCCAGUUGAUUGGAUUGACCAAUGCUAUUUUUACUUCACUUAACCUUACAAUAAUUCUAUCUUCAUUAGAAUUUUGGGUAGAUGAAAAUAAAAUUCCAGUAACUGGAGAUGCUAAUGAAUUAUUACACCGAUUUUUAAAAUGGAAAAGAUCUUAUCUUGUUUUGCGUCCACAUGAUGUGGCAUUUUUACUUGUUUACAGAGAAAAACCAGAUUAUGUUGGUGCAACCUUUCAAGGGAAGAUGUGUGACGGAAAGUACGGAGGUGGUGUUGCUCUGCACCCCAAAACCAUUAGUCUGGAAUCACUUGCAGUUAUUCUGGCUCAGUUAUUGAGUUUAAGUAUGGGAAUAGCUUAUGAUGACAUUAACAACUGUCAAUGCUCAGGAAGUGUCUGCAUAAUGAACCCAGAAGCAAUUCAUUCCAGUGGUGUGAAGAUCUUUAGUAACUGCAGCAUGGAAGAUUUUGCACAUUUCAUUUCAAAGUCGAAGUCCCAGUGUCUUCAAAAUCACCCACGCUUAGAUCCAUCCUACAAAAGUGCCGUUUGUGGUAAUGGAGAAGUGGAAGAAGGAGAGCAGUGUGACUGUGGGGGUGUGGAGUUUUCAAAUAAAGGAAAAUUAUGUCGAGCUACCAUGGAUGAUUGUGACCUUCCUGAAUAUUGCAAUGGAACAUCUGCGAUAUGUCAGUCUAACUCUUAUAUGCAGGAUGGCGUUCCAUGCAAAAAUAGUCAAUGGCUCUGUGUGAAUGGAAAAUGUAUAGACGGGAUAACACAGUGUGCUGAUAUAUAUGGUGAAGGUGCAGAGUUUGGUACUCCAGAAUGUUUUACUUUCCUUAAUUCUAAGGCUGAUGUAUCUGGACACUGUGGCUCAGGUCCUUCAGGAUUUGUAAAGUGUGACCCUAAGAAUGUAAUGUGUGGAAAAUUAAUCUGUACAUAUGGUAAAAAUAGUGUAAUGAAUAUUAAAAAUGUCACUGCUGUCUAUGCCAACAUAAAUAACCACAUCUGCGUUACUUUGGAUUAUAAAUAUGGUAUGGAAGAUUACGAAAGAAUGUGGGUAAGAGAUGGAACUGUUUGUGGUGAAAAUAAGAUCUGUAAGAAUAAAGAAUGUGUAGAAAAUGAAUACUUGAAACAGAUGUGUGCUGCAGAUAAAUGUAACAGUCAUGGUGUUUGCAAUAAUAAUGGUAACUGUCACUGCGAUACCACAUUUUUACCUCCAAAUUGCCAAGAUACAGAUGACUCAUAUCCUGGUGGAAGUAUCGACAGUGGAAAUUUUCCACCUAUUUGUGUUUCUCUCCUAGGUAUCCGAUACAUUGAGAAUGCUUACCAUACCAAACGCCCACGAUGGCCAUAUUACUUACUCAUUCCUUUUUUUAUUGCUCUCUUAUUACUGAUUGCUAAUCUCGUGAAAGUUUACUUACAACGAAAAAAAUGGAGAAAUGAAGAGUACACAAGCGAUGAGCAACUUGAAAGUGAGAGUGAACCCAAAGAGUAA